GUGGAGUGAUCCCGAAAUUACAAUAACAAGACAAAGUAGAAAAGAAAACGGGGGGGAGUGGGAGAGGAAGAGUGGAACAAUCUCCCAAACCCUAAAAUGGACGACAGAGACAAAUCCGAAAAGCGAAGCAGAGAUCGACACUCGGAACGCGACCACCGCCAUCGGAGCGACGACAAACGCCACCAUCGGUCGGAGAGGCAUCUCAAGCGCGAACACAAAUCCAGGGACAAGGAAGACCGAGAAGGAAGCAAGGAUAGGGAUAGGACUUACGAAAGAGAAGAGAGAGAGGACAGCAAAGGUAGGUCGAAGGUUAGGCGCGACGUGGAGAGGGAAGAUUCGGUGGAGCCGCGACACUCCUCGCAUUCUCACAAGCGGAAAGAGAGGGACCACAGCCAGGAGAGGGACUAUGAGGACAAGAAAAUCAGGGUUUCCGAGGAGAGGAAGGAAGGGAAGAGGGAACGGAGGAGGUUUGGGGAUAAAGUUAAAAAGGAAGAGGAAGUAGAAGAAGAAAGAAAAGACGACGAUAUCGAAGGCACUCGUGAGGUUAAGGUCAAGGACGAAGUCACUGAUGGUGCCUAUGGCUCUGUUUCUUCCAAGGACACUGCUGCUGUUCAAAACGGUGCCUUGGGAUCACCUGCUGUGGCGCCCACAAGUGUGCCUGAGACAUCUUUGGUCCAUACUCCUUCCUUUCCUAUCAAGGUAUCUUCCAAUUCUACCACAAAUGAAAAUAAGGGAGUUAGUAUUACCAGGUCUCAUGAGGUUACUGGAAAAUCUAGUACAGAUGGGUCAUCUUCAACUGCUGGAAAACCUGGAAGCCUCUCUAUUGAUGCCCUAGCUAUGGCUAAGAAAGCUUUACAAAAGCAGAAAGAGUUGUCAGAAAAGCUGAAGAAAUUUCCUCAGUUGAAUAAGAGUUCUGCCCAAAAUGUGCAAAGAAGCUCAGACUUGGGUUCAAAGAAUGAAUCUACAAUGCCCUCUUCCAGUGUUGGAGUGGCAUCAAAAACUUCUGACUCAGCUUCUUUGGGACAAGUUGCAAAUACAUCAAUUUUUCCCUCAACUGCUGCUGCUGCUGCUGCUAUUUAUGCAAAUCCUCUGGCUAGUGGCACCAGCGCUACUGGUGGUAUUGCUAGUCUGCCCAACUUUGAAGCUGUCAGGCGUGCUCAGGAGCUUGCUACCAGGAUGGGGUUUCGUCAAGAUCCACAAUUUGCUCCGAUUAUAAAUAUGUUUCCUGGUCAGAUGGUAACAGAUGUUGCUAUCCCGCAAAAACCCACCAAGGCCCCUGUUCUUCGUCUUGAUGCUCAGGGACGGGAAAUUGAUGAACAUGGAAAUGUUGUUAAUGUGACUAAACCCAGCAACCUUAGCACAUUAAAGGUCAACAUUAACAAGCAGAAGAAAGAUGCAUUUGAAAUAUUAAAACCUGUAUUGGAUGUUGAUCCUGAAUCUAAUCCUCAUUUUGAUGCAAGGAUGGGUAUCAACAAAACAAAGCUCCUGCGACCCAAGAGGAUGAAUUUCCAGUUUGUUGAGGAAGGAAAAUGGUCAAGAGAUGCUGAAACAAUAAAAUUGAAGAGUAAAUUUGGAGAAGCUCAAGCAAAAGAGCACAAGGCCAAACAAGCACAGUUGGCAAAGGCAAAGGCUGCUCCAGAUAUAAAUCCAAACUUAAUAGAAAUAACAGAGAGAGUUGUAAUUAAAGAAAAACCCAAGGACCAAAUUCCAGAAAUUGAGUGGUGGGAUGUGCCUCUUCUGCAUUCUGGAAACUAUGGUGACAUUGAUGAUGGAGUCAUUGGUGAAGAUAAACUAAAAAUGGAAAAAAUCACUUUUUAUGUGGAGCAUCCUCGUCCAAUUGAACCACCUGCUGAGCCUGCCCCUCCACCACCUCAACCACUCAAGCUAACUAAGCAAGAACAGAAGAAACUCCGGACACAAAGGCGCAUAGCUAAGGAGAAAGAUCGACAGGAGAUGAUAAGACAGGGUGUCAUUGAACCGCCAAAACCAAAGGUCAAGAUUAGCAAUUUAAUGAAAGUACUUGGCUCUGAAGCAACUCAAGAUCCUACUCGUCUUGAAAAGGAAAUACGGAGUGCAGCUGCUGAGCGUGAGCAGGCUCACAUAGAUAGGAAUAUUGCACGUAAGCUCACUCCUGCUGAGCUGCGGGACAAGAAGGAGAGGAAGCUGUUUGAUGACCCAAAUACAGUGGAGACACUUGUUUCACUUUUCAGGAUUAAUGACCUCUCACAUCCAAAGGCACGCUUUAGAGUUGAUGUUAAUGCUCAAGAGAACCGUUUGACUGGAUGUGCUGUGAUUUGUGAUGGUAUUAGUGUUGUUGUGGUUGAAGGUGGAAGCAAGUCAAUUAAGAGGUAUGGGAAACUUAUGCUUAGACGUAUUAAUUGGAGUGAUGUUUCAAAAGAGAAAGAAGAAAAUGAAGAUUCAGAUGAUGAUAAGCCUGUCAAUAAAUGUGUUCUGGUGUGGCAAGGAAGUGUUGCUAAACCGACCUUCAAUAGGUUCAGUGUUCAUGAUUGCAUCACUGAAGCAGCUGCACGUAAAGUUUUUGCGGAUGCUGGUGUUCCUCAUUAUUGGGACCAAGCGGUGAACUACGUAGAAGAUGAAGCCGUUUGAUUUGUCUUCUGGUGUUUUUGUUUGACUCUUGGCCUGCCUUGACUAAAGUUCUUUUGGUGAGUGAUCAGUUUUUCAAUUUGCAUAAAGCAGUGUUUUAAACAAAGUAAUAAACACAAUAGCUGAUAGUGCUCCAUCGUUUCCUAUGGCCAAUGAUAUCUACAAUCUUUCUAAAUUUGGUAGAUCAUUUAGUGUAGACUUUGUCAAUUCGGUGUGGAUAGCAUUCAUUCAAGAUGCUAAUGAUUGCAUGACAUUUGGGAUAAAUUUUUAGGCCUUCGGGAUUUUACUACGAUGUUUCCGACUGCAUGCAGUUAUAUGAGACAAGUGUUUGUAAGAGUUCACUAUAUUCUCAAUUGUAGCGGUACUUACUUUUAUAUGUUUUUUCUAGGCCCACUAUUUUCAUGUCUAUAUGAGAACUAUCUAUGCUUCUGGAAAAACAUAGGCUUCGGCCUUCCAAUUUAACCAAAACCCGCACAAAAAAAUGGACCCAAUAUGGGGCCAUCCAGCUUGUAUAAAUUUGUUACUUGCUGUAUUUUUAUUAUUGUUUGCGGAC